AUGGGUUCUAACGACGAGCUCAUCAACCGUGUGCACAGCCUGAGCGACCUGGAACUGGCCGUGUUGCUGUCGCUGAUCAGCCAGGAACACUGUGUGAUAGGGACGUCUGGAGUAGUCCUAGAUGAUCUUGUUGAUGAGCUUUUCUUGAUCUCCUCAAAGGUGUUCGGCUUGCGAUGUGUCGUUGUUGACUGCCAUAAGCAUAUGACUCUCGAUGAAUUCCAAGCCUCAAUAAUCAUAACUGGCACUCUGUCCACACCAACCGCAGCCACAGGCACCGGCAGUGGGCACGACGGGGCAGGCAAUAGAAACAGCCAUGAUUAUGUCCACCUGCCGGCCGCAAGGCAUGAUCGUCUAGGUCCUCGGUCUUUGCGUUCGCCGCCGCCAGCCUUCCUCAUGAUGACAUCCGCCAGCGCGACCUCGACGACUACGUCACCAGCGGCCGCAAUUCCCGCCAUGGCCAAUGUUAUCCUGGCAAAGAAUCUGAACCGUGCACCCGAAACGGUGCAGAUCCAAGCACUUGAGCUCUUGCGGGCCGGCGGACUGCUCCCACGCACAGCCGUCCAGGUGGCCCCGCGGCCCUUUCUGUUCUUGGCUGUCGUCGCGGCUGAGCCCGGUUUUCGUUGGGGAGGCGGCAACGGCGACAAAACAGCAGGCAAAAAGGAGGACGAUGUCGAAGAGGACCAGCCGCCGCACAUGACAGCAUACCUCAACGACUUCUUUGCCAUGGGCCACUGGCACAACCCAGACGACGGAUUUCCCAACCUGGACGACGAUGAGGAGGCAAGCCAUCAGCAGGACCGCGGAGAUGCAGCCAAUGACAGUGACGGCAGUAGCGACGAUAACGUCGACAGCAUUGCCUUCAAGAAUGGCGACUUGGGCAGCCGCAUCCGCGGCGACAACAAUGUUGCCAGUACAAGUCGUGCAAGUGCCUACAGCACACUCGAUCCAGUACCCUUUCUCUCGGAGGCAGACAGGAGCCGGCUGACAGCGUUGAGCCGCGACGUCCGCAUCGAUGUGGACGUUCUGCGCUACCAGAUGAACGUGGUGGCAUUCUUGCGAAUGCACCGGGCCGUGGCUGUGAUCGGCAAAGGCUGCAGUGGCAUCAGCAGCAUCUCACCCACUGCCACAAAGCACUUUGAAAAGCUGACGCAAUGCUUGGCACCGCUGCAUCAGUUGGAUUACGUCACCCCCUCACUCGUCGCAUUGGCUGCCCGGAAGGUAUACCUACACAGGAUCCGGACGGUUGAGACAGGCGAUAGCUCCGCCGGAGCGGCUCUGCAAGAGCGAAGCAUGCAGUGGGGUAGUACGCGAGAAGCCGUGGAGGCGAUGCUCGAUGGCAUCAGUCCCGAGGGCAUCAUCGAGGAGGUGUUGGACGGUGUAGCACCACCGGUGUAA